CUCUCGUUUAGUUUUUGUCUCUCUUGUUUUUGUCGUCGCGUUAAUAAAUUUAAUUUAGCACACAUUUCAAUAAUUAACUCAAUUCUUUCUUGUUUCUAAUCUAAUGAUCCGAUUGAGAAAUAUCUUGCCGUUGUUGACCGCAAUAUUCCUAACUCUUACGUAUACAUACGUUUAUAUGUGUAAAAAAACUACAACAGACUUUAAAAAAGUAAUAUGCCCAAAAAAAGAUGAAUACGCGUCCAUCACGAGAAGUGCGGUUUCUAUAACUGUUGUUGCUUGUGGUUCAAAAGUGGAAGAAGCCCUUACCAUGGUCAAAUCUGCACUAAUUUAUAGCGAUGCCAGGACAGUCCUAACUUUCAAUGUAGUUACGGAAGAUAUAUUAAAGCAAAAGAUUGAAGAUAAAUUAAUUAAAUUGCAGAAGAAUGUUUAUAACCCGUUCUCUUUUAAAGUUUCCUCUUUGCGGUUUCCUAAAUCUGAAGAAAAGGAUUGGAAGAAUCUGUUUAAACCAUGUGCAGCUCAAAGACUUUUCUUGCCGUCGUUACUCCGUAACACUGAUGCCACAUUGUAUGUAGAUACCGAUGUUUUAUUUUUAUCCUCCGCUUUGGACACCUGGUCACAUUUCAAGAACUUUAAUGCUUCGCAAAUAGCUGGACUGUCGCCAGAGCAUGAAGAUACUCAAAUUGGGUGGUACAAUAGAUUUGCUCGUCAUCCAUUCUAUGGUAGACUUGGUGUUAAUUCUGGAGUUAUGCUUAUGAAUCUAACUAGAAUGAGGCUAUUUGACUGGGAAAAUGAAAUUUUAAAACUCUACAAGGAAUACAAGUCUCAAAUAACAUGGGGUGACCAGGAUUUGAUUAAUAUUUUAUUUUACUACCAUCCCGAUAAGCUGUAUAUAUUUCCUUGUAUUUUCAAUUAUCGACCAGAUCAUUGUAUGUAUGUAAAUGUAUGUAAUAUAACGAAUGGCAUUCAUAUUUUCCAUGGAAAUCGAGGUUACUUUCAUACAAACAAACAACCUAUUUUUAAAAAAAUUUAUGAGACCAUCAGAACAUUUGAAUUAAAAAAAUACAACUUCUUACUUUUCCCGUAUCAUCUUGAUCGCAUUCUUUCAACAAGUUUACAAAAUACUUCAAUGUGUUUUAAGAUUAAAAAUAAAAUAGGUUCACAGUACUUUCCGUAUCAAUAAAAGAACAAACAAGAAAUAUAUAA